AUGGCAGAUACUACUACCGCUCACCAGGUCGACCCUGCCCUCAGUAUCGACAUUGCCCAGGCACCCAACAGCAACGACACCACCAAGACCACAACUACAACCACUGUCACCACCACUACCACCUACAUGCAGCCCCAGCCUAUCACCAUACCCGGAUCGUCCUCCUCCUCCACCGCCAACAACACCCCCGCCGAUGCUGGUAGCAACGGCCCGGCCAUCAUCUCGCCCACCAACCUCUCCAGGUCCGUCGGCAAAAAGACCGGCACCCGCUCGACCUUCUGUCCCAACACCCUUCGCAAGUGUACAAAGCUGACCGACGAAGACUUUGAGCACCACGAGAAGGACAACCACCCAAACCAGGCCCAGUCGACAGGAUGGCUGGGCAUGCUCGGCCUCAAAAAGAACGCCAACUAUGGCGAUGAACUUUCCAAGUACAACGAGCCCCAUGAGCAGGCUUAUUACUAA